AUGGCAGAGCCCCUCGUGUGCCAGGUUAUAGCCUGCGUCAUAUACCGAGACCGGCAGAAAUACGCUCUCGAGGUGGCGGUGUUGAUUUUUACGUUAAACAUGGUUUUUAUUACAAUGAGUUCGAAACGUCUUAACGUUUCUAACUAUUACAACGGCUUAGAGGAAGCAGUCAUUGCUGUUUUAGAAGAUAGUGACAGUGAGGCUGAUUACGAAUUCGCGAUUAUACCACCAGAACCUAGCAUCUUAACAGAUGAAGAAGAAGGUGCCGACGAGGCCAUAAUUACUGCCUCUUUACCCCGGGAUGUGCCUGGUAAUAUAGAGGUAUUUAGGAGUAAUAAGGAUACAAUUCCAUGUGCGGACCUUGACAGCAGCGAUGAUGAGCCUUUGGCUGAAAAAGCAAAGAGAAGUCGUCGUCAACAGCCAGUUCAGCCAGUAUGGCAUACGUGUUCACCAACAUACUCUACUACAACUCAAGAAAGAACUGAAGUUAUAGCUAGACAGAAACUAGUAAAAGAACAAUUUCAAGAUCUAACCCCAGUACAAAUAUUUGAAAAAAUAUUUGAUGAUGAAGUGAUUAGCUUGAUAAUUACAAAUACAAUUUUAUAUGCUAAUCAAAACAAUAGACACACCUUUCGACUGGACUCUGUUGACUUGAAAAAGUUUAUAGGCAUAUUGAUAUUAUCUGGGUAUCAUAAGUUACCCAGAGAAGAUUUGUAUUGGUCUUAUGAUGAAGACGUAGGCGUCGAAAUGAAAAACAAUGUUUCGAAAAUUUUCAUCUAUAAUACGCCGCUGUACACAAUCGAGUACACCCCCCUCUAA